AUGCUUAGGUCUUUUGUGGGGAAAAUACAAAAGGGUCUCUCACUAAUUGUGCCACUGGAAACUGCAAAUGUGGUGCCGAAUGAUGUUAGGAAAGGUUAUUUUGCUGUUCUUGCAAUCAAAGAUGGAGAAACUAAAAGGUUUGUUGUAGACUUAGACUACUUGACUGAUCCUGCAUUCUUGGGACUCUUGGACCAAGCUCAAGAAGAAUAUGGUUUCAGACAGAAGGGAACUCUUGCAGUCCCUUGUCGGCCUCAGGAAUUCCAGAAGAUUCUAGAUGGUUGGAGAACCUAG